CUCACCCCCAAUUGAACACAACAAAAACAAGAAAACAUAGAAAACAGAUAUGGAGUUUUCAAGCUCAUCCUCCAUAUUGUUUUCUUUACUUGUUCUCUUGUUAUCAGCUUCGUGGGCUGCUUCAAAUUCACUUCAAGAUCAUUUUUACAAAUGCCUUUCUCAAAAAUCUCCUCCCUCUACGCCACUCUCCGCAGCCUUUUACACACCAAAAAACCCUUCAUUCACUCCCCUCCUACAAUCCACUGCCCAAAACCUCAGGUACUUGGAGCCAUUGGUCCCAAAACCUGAGCUGAUCUUCACACCACUAUCCGAAUCCCAAGUCCAAUCCGCUGUCAUUUGCGCAAAACAACUCAAAAUCCACCUCAGAGUCCGGAGUGGGGGCCAUGACUACGAAGCCCUUUCUUACGUGUCACAAAUAGAAUCACCAUUCAUCAUUGUCGACUUAUCAAAACUCCGGUCCAUCAAUGUUGACAUAAAGGGAAAAAGCGCUUGGGUUGAGGCCGGUGCAACAACUGGCGAAGUUUACUAUCGAAUCGCGGAGAAAAGCAAAUUCUAUGGCUUCCCGGCUGGCCUAUGCACGAGUUUAGGCAUCGGUGGGCACAUCACAGGCGGGGCAUAUGGUUCCAUGAUGAGAAAAUAUGGCCUUGGAGCUGACAAUGUCAUCGAUGCUCAGGUCAUUAAUGCUAAUGGGACAAUUCUCAAUAGACAAACAAUGGGAGAAGAUAUGUUUUGGGCCAUUAGAGGUGGCGGAGGAGCGAGUUUUGGGGUUAUUCUUUCAUGGAAGAUAAAUUUGGUUCCUGUACCCGCCACGGUGACAGUUUUUACAGUUACAAAGACCUUAGAACAAGGUGCGACGAAGAUCCUCUAUAAAUGGCAACAAGUUGCACCCAGCCUUGAUGAAAAUCUCUUCAUCAGAGUCAUCAUAACACCGGUCAACUCCACCAAAAAAGGCCAGAGGACUAUUGCAACUUCCUACAAUGCCCUUUUUCUUGGCAGAGCUGAUAGGUUGCUCCAAGUGAUGACUCAAAGCUUCCCUGAAUUGGGUUUACAGAAACAAGAUUGUACCGAAAUGAGUUGGCUCAAAUCGGUGCUUUACAUCGCUCAGUACCCUGCCAAUGUCCCUCCGGAGGUCCUUCUUCAAGGGAAACCAACUUUCAAGAACUAUUUCAAGGCCAAAUCAGAUUUUGUGAGACAACCCAUUCCUCAAAAUGGGCUUGAAGGGCUAUGGAAGAGACUAUUGCAAGAAGAUAAUCCAGUUGUGAUAUUCAACCCUUAUGGUGGAAUGAUGGGUAAGAUUUCGGAGUCUGCAAUUCCUUUUCCUCAUAGAAAUGGCAUAUUGUUUAAGAUCAUGUAUGUGACAAGUUGGGGAGAUCAAGCUAAAGGCUCAGAUGCAAAGCACAUUGAUUGGAUUAGAAGUCUUUAUGAUUACAUGGCUAGUUAUGUUUCUAAGUCUCCAAGAGAAGCAUAUGUCAAUUAUAGGGAUCUUGAUUUGGGUGUGAACAAGAAUGGGACUACUUUUCGGCAAGCAAGUGUUUGGGGUGCCAAGUACUUCAAGAACAACUUCAAGAGAUUGGUGCAAGUGAAGGCCAAGGUUGAUCCUGAUAAUUUCUUCAGACAUGAGCAAAGCAUCCCACUUCUUCCAAAAUCAAAAAAGAAGGGUGGAAGUAGAAAAUCCCAUCACGGGUGAAAAUGAAGAAAUUUUGUCAAGUGGUCGGGACCACCAGUUUUGGAUUCAGUCACUCACGAUAGACUAUAUAGGAAAAAGUGAGACGCUACUUCUAAUUUUUCCAAACCCACCUCUUCGAAAAGUUAAAAAAGAUGGAACCUUUGGUCUCAUUUUUCUUUAUGUGACAUGAGUGAUUUGAAACUAAAAUUAUUGUAGUAGUUUAGAUUAACCGAAUAAUUAGUAUGAAAUGAGAGGGUAGAAAUGGGUUGUUAUGAAGCAUAAUAUAUAUAGCCUUGGAGCAAUUUUAUUAUGUGUAUUUGAAUUAAUAAAUUGGAAUAAAAACUAUAUUUAAAUUGA